UAAAACUGAAAUAUACAUUGACAACUCAGCAAAAUACUUUUGUGAAGCAGAAGCAGCUAAAUAUUUCAUCACUGCGAGCAAUUUUUCAAGUUGCUAAGCUAAUAGCGUGCACUGGCAGACCAUUCAUGGAGGGAGAAUUUGUUAAACAAUGCCUUCUUUCUGUUGCCAAAGAGAUGUGUCCAGAGAAGGCCGAUUUAUUUAGUACAGUGAGUCUUUCAGGACCUACAAUUACAUGAAGGAUUGAAGAAAUGGGAGACAAUUUGCAUCAGCAUUUGCAAAACUCCGCAAAAAACUUUCCUAUUUUUCCUUGGCACUUGACGAAAGUAAUGAUGUUCGUGAUUCUGCACAACUUCUAAUUUUUAUUCGUGGGAUGAAUGACUAUUUUGAAGUCACAGCAGAGCUUGCUGCACUGCAAAGCAUCAAAGGAACAACUAUAGGAGAGGGUAUCUAAGUAAAGUUUUGCCAAACUGUGAAUGGUUUGGAGCUGGACUGGGCUAAACUAGCCAGUGUGACAACUGAUGGUGCUCCUAGCAUGGUGGGGUCCAAGAAAGGAAUAAUUGCUCACAUUAACCAAGAAAUGGACAAACAUAACCAUUCUCAUUCAAUAGCCAUACAUGGCCUCAUCCACCAACAAGUGCUGUGCAGUAAAUCACUGAAGUGGGGCUCUGUUAUGAAAAUUGUGGUAUCUUGUGUUAACUUCAUUAGAGCUGAUGCACUAAACCACAGACAAUUUCAGGAAUUUCUGUCUGAGCUAAACGUUGCCUAUGAAGAUGUUCUGCACCACACAGAAGUCCGUUGGCUGAGUUGAGGGAGAGUUUUGAAACAUUUCUAUGACUUACUUCCACAGAUUACAGCUUUUCUGCUUUCAAAAAACAAAGAAGUACCAGAGCUCAAUGAUGCAGAAUGGAAAUGGCACCUUGCUUUUCUGACAGAUGUAACAAAGCUACUCAGCAGUUUCAAUGUGCAACUUCAAGGAAAGGGGAAGCUCAUCUGUGACAUGCAAUCACAUGUGAAAGCAUUUGAAGUAAAAUUAAGCCUCCUCAUCAAACAAGUGAAUGAGGAAAAUUUCUGUCGUCUCCCUACAACUCAAAAUCUGUUAGUGGAAAAACCAUUGGUUGCACUCCCAAACAAAACAUGUGUGGAGUCACUGGAAAAGUUGCAAAAGGAGUUUCAAUUUAGAUUUAAAGAGCUUCAUCUCCAUGAACAGGACAUACAGGUUUUCCGUAACCCAUUUUCUAUUGACAUUGAAAAUGUGGAUACAACUUACCAAAUGGAACUGGCUGAACUACAGAAUUGUGACUCUCUGAAAGACAUACUCAAGUCAAGCAGCCUUCCUAAUUUCUAUGCAUGUCUCCCUCUGAGACAUAUCCUGAUUUCAGGAACCAUGCCCUCAAAAUGGCAACCAUCUUUGGCAGCACUUAUGUCUGUGAACAGACUUUUUCCAGAAUGAAACGUCUGAAAUCUCCAACCAGAACUAGAUUGAUGCACACUUGCAUCACUUGUUACGACGAGCAGUGACAAAUAUGGAACUGGACAUUGACCAUCUCAUUAGCCAAAAGCAGGCCCAUAGUUCCCAUUGAAAUACUGGCGAUCUGAGGGUGACCACGUCUGCGAGGGACUUUGCUAUCAGUCUGCCAGGACCUGGGGAGAAGGAACAGGCAGCUCCUUAUCUCCUCACCCUCUGCCAGCAUUUCGGGCACCCAGCAGGGACGCGUUUUAGGGUUCCCAUUGACUUCCAGGAAGGACGUGAGCCCUUCUCUGACCCCAGCUCGGGCAGUCACCUGUCUUUGCCGCAGUGAUAUUUAUCCCAUGACCCUGCGGUGCCUGGAGCCCUCCGGGAAUGGCGCGGAAGGGACGCGGAGCCAGUGGGGGACAGCGGGGUCAACGGAGGAGCCAUCCCCGGAGGCGGCGCGUCUGGCGAAGGCCCUGCGGGAGCUGGGUCAAACAGGGAGAAAUGGACUCCAGAGACAAACAAGUGCUUCGCUCACUGCGCCUGGAGCUGGGUGCAGAGGUAUUGGUGGAGGGUCUGGUGCUUCAGUACCUUUACCAGGAAGGAAUCCUGACUGAAAACCAUGUUCAAGAAAUCAAAGCUCAAGCCACAGGGCUCCGGAAAACAAUGCUGCUGCUGGAUAUCCUGCCUUCCAGGGGUCCCAAAGCAUUUGACACAUUCCUAGAUUCCCUGCAGGAAUUUCCCUGGGUAAGAGAGAAGCUGGAGAAGGCCAGAGAAGAAGUCGUGAUUGAACUGCCUGCAGGAUUGCUGAGUUACUUGGUGGCUCACCUUCCAAGUCACAAGAGAUUUCCAGGCUUGCCAGGAUGGGUUGAUAUUGGUGGCUGUUGUCGUGACAGGAUCAGUGGGCUCCCUCCGCACAUCCUCAACAGCUGCCCAUCAGACAAGCAGCUCAACCAGCUGGCCCAGAGGUUGGGCCCUGAGUGGGAGCCCGUGGUGCUGUCCCUGGGACUGUCCCAGGCAGACAUCUACCGCUGUAAGGCCAACCACCCCCACAACGUGCAGUCGCAGAUGGUGGAGGCCUUGGUCCGCUGGCGGCAGCGCUUCGGGAAGCAGGCCACCUUCCAGAGCCUGCACAGAGGCCUGUGCACCAUGGAGGUAGACCCCUCGGUGCUCCUGCAGGUGCUGGAGUGAUGGGGCCCAGGCCACCUGGCCAAGUCCCGGCUUCCACUCAGAGCAGGUGGUUUUUUGUUUAGAUUAGUUUUGGUUUUUUUCUUUUUAAUGAUCCUCAGAUUGAAGGAGAGAGCAAGGUUUCCACUUGACAUGUCUUGAGAGGCCAGAUGACUCGGCGGAUCUCCACAUUGUCUCUACA